GGCAGCCAAUUAUGUUUCUGCAUCUUCUUUCAUUUCAACCUCUUCUCCUCUCUUAGCACUCAGCGACUGCUGUCAAUGGAGUUCGCAACCGCUACAGCAUCGAGCCUCGCGCUCCACACGCGCAUGAUAGCAUCUCCAGCGGCUUCAUUACGAACCUCAAAGUCCAACCGAACCCUAGCUUACUCUUCCUCAUCUUCUUCUCUCAGAACUUCUCUCUCAACAAGCUUCUUCUCCCCCUCCGCUGUCGGCGGAACUGCCAUUAGUGACUUCUCCGGUAUAAAAAUUCGACCUGAAUGUCUCAAUCCGGCGUCAAUUUCCAGUUCCAAAGGCAAAAGAAGCGUUGUCACUAUGGUUAUUCCUUAUACUAGGGGAAGUGCGUGGGAGCAACCUCCUCCUGACUUAGCAUCUUACCUGUACAAGAAUAGGAUUGUUUACUUGGGAAUGUCCCUUGUGCCUUCUGUGACAGAAUUAAUACUUGCAGAAUUUCUUUACCUUCAAUAUGAGGACGAAGAGAAACCCAUUUACCUCUAUAUAAACUCCACUGGUACAACCAAGGGUGGUGAAAAGCUGGGUUAUGAGACAGAGGCUUUUGCUAUCUAUGAUGUUAUGGGGUAUGUCAAGCCACCUAUAUUUACUCUCUGUGUUGGUAAUGCUUGGGGUGAAGCAGCUUUACUUCUGGCUGCUGGGUCAAAGGGAAAUCGUUCUGCUCUUCCUUCAUCGACUAUCAUGAUAAAACAGCCAAUAGGGAGGUUUCAAGGUCAAGCAACUGAUGUCGACCUUGCAAGAAAGGAAGUCAAGAAUGUGAAAGCAGAAUUGGUCAAUCUCUUGGCAAAGCAUAUUGGAAAAUCACCUGAACAGAUUGAAGCAGACAUCAGUCGCCCAAAAUAUUUUAAUCCAGCUGAGGCAGUUGAAUAUGGCAUCAUAGACAAGGUAAUAUAUAAUGAAAGGAGCCCUGAAGACCGUGGAGUUGUUUCUGACCUUAAAAAGGCACAGCUUAUAUGAUUGGCAGAAGUUUCAAUUGGUGAUGGUUGGGAGUAAUCAGGUAAGGUUAUAUGUUAAUUUGCAUUUGGCUGAAGCCAAUCAUGUCGAAUUGAUGGGAACACAAGGGAGCCGAGAAAUGGAAUAAUUAAUGAGAGCAAAGUUGUGGAUAAGCUUUUUUAGCUAUGGGAUCAUGCUGUUUCAGUGGUUAAUCAAUACGUACAACGAGCAUCGAUUGUAACAGGAUGGAUUGCAAAAACUAUGAAUGUUGGACGCGUCUAAUUUCAUGUAGAUCCAAUUUAAUUGUAGCUACUUAGUUUGUUC